AUGUAGCUUUAUCUGGCAUACUUUGCUAUAUCUUGUAUAAAAAAUGCCAUCAAGUUGUAUCACUUACAGAUUAAAAAGAUCAUUUGUAGACAUAUUCAUUAAAUCCAAUGGGCUGCUGAUAUUCUUGCUUUUGUUACAAUGAUUGUUUUACAUUGCUACAGGUUAUCUCAUUCAGGCAAAGUAUGCUCUGGUACAUUCAGACUCAGCAAUGAUAACUCUGAACAUUAUCUUACUAAUAGAGGUCUAUUACUUUUAGCCCAUAUUGUUAUGAUAUGGCUUGUAUUAAUUGCCUAAUUUAUAGUAGUUUUUACUUACAGAGUAAUACUCAGACCUUGA